AUGGCGUUCUCACACACUGGAUUCAUUGGUGAUCGACUGACUGGUAAGGCGCUGGAAAUAGGCGUUUGUGCCACAGCAUCUGCUGGAUUUCUCUUGUUCGGCUAUGUCACAGAUCAAGGAGUCAUGAGUGGCAUCAUCACAGAACCUGGAUUUCUUGCCGUCUUUCCGAAAAUGAACAGUAACUACAAGAAGGGCGCCAUUCAAGCCCUUGUGGUUGCAAUCUACGAAAUUGGCUGUCUCCUGGGCUCUUUCUUCAUCAUUGGCUACGGUGACAAGCUUGGCAGAAGACGCGCAGUCCUCGUUGGGGCUUUGAUUAUGCUUGUUGGAACUGCUAUACAGGCUUCGUCCACCACACUCGCCCAACUGAUCGUAGGACGAAUAGUCACUGGCGCUGGAAAUGGCAUGAAUACUUCCAGUAUCCCGGUUUGGCAAUCGGAGAUGGCACCCCCCAAAAUUCGAGGUUUUCUUGUACUCUUCGAGGGCGCGCUUAUAACAGGCGGCGUGAUGGUGUCUUAUUGGAUAAAUUAUGGCUUCUGGUUCUACAAUAAGAGCUCCUUCCAGUGGCGCUUCCCUAUCGCCUUCCAGGCUGUUUUUGGAAUCAUUCUUAUCAUCGGCAUUCUCGCUUUUCCAGAAUCGCCUCGAUGGCUCCUCAAACAUGGUAGAGAAAAGGAGGCUGUUCAAAUCAUGGCCCGUCUCAAGCGAUCGAAUACCGAUGACGAAGACUUGAUGAAGGAGGUCAAUGAGCUUAAGAAGAUCAAUGAGAUCACAGCAGGCACAAAGCUUACCUUCAAGGAGUUCUUUUCGAACGGACCCGACAUGAACUUGUGGAGAGCCAGCGUGGCCUUUGCUGCGCAAGCGUUUCAGCAGAUCGGUGGAAUAAACCUUGUCACUUACUAUGCAACCGUGGUCUUCGAGGAUUCCCUCGGCUUCAAUCCAACAUUCGCGAGACUUCUCACGGGCGUCCUGGGUACAGAAUAUUUCCUCGCUGCUUUGGUCGCUCUUUUUGUUGUGGAUCGUCUAGGAAGACGCCGACUCAUGAUGUGGAAUGCAGCAGGAAUGGCUCUGUCUAUGAUGGUAGCCGGCAUCGGUCUCGCAUCAGGCACCAAAAGCGGUGCAUACGCAGCGACCGUCAUGAUUUUCCUCUUCAACACCUUCUUCGCUAUCGGCUGGCUUGGAAUCACCUGGCUCUACCCAGCAGAAGUCACACCCAUCCGUAUCAGAGCUGAGGCUAACGGACUUUCGACAUCUGCGAAUUGGCUGUUCAACUACGCCGUUGUCCAGCUUUCGCCCAUCAUGAUCAAUUCGAUCGCAUGGAAGACUUACUUUGUCUUCAUGUGUUUCAACUUUUCCUUUAUCCCUGUUGUCUACUAUACUUUUGUUGAGACCAAUGGGUACAAACUCGAGGCCAUGGACGAGAUAUUUCACAUCGCCCACCAGAACGGCGAGAACCCUGUCAAUGUUGAGAAAAGGGUUCGCAAGGGCAAUACCGAUGCAUUGGGAGAACUAGAGAAGAGGUCUUCUGUAGGGAGCAAUGGCGACAAAGUGGAAGACGAGAAGAAAGAGGAUGCAAACGCAGAGUAG